UCUUCAGGUUACUCUAUCACAUAAUAAGACAGUGUUAUGUCAACUGUGUUCCAUACGAAACGCUGAACAUAAUUAGUGAACCAGUGAAAUGUUUUAGAAAGUGAUUGCGCUAUGUUUCACAGGGUUUUACUUGAAAAAUGUUGGUUCCGUUGGAUGGAUACUUGCAAACGAAGAGAAAACGAUGCGUUAUUUGGCGAAGUUUCUUUCCUGAAUAAUGGACACCUGAUGGCGACAUGUUUGGUGGCGUCAAGGAUGGUUAAGUACCGGGUCAUCGUUUUGCUGAUGUUUGUCAUCGUUGCAGGUGUGUUUCUUGGUUGGAACAGCAGAAUGGACGGAACUACAACACAAGAUUUACGACGUGUAAAUCAGUUGUCUGCCAUGCAAUCUGUAACUGUCUCUAAUGACACCAUGGUCGAUGCCAUUGGACCGAGAUAUGAAUGUACAGAGGGCGAGAUUAAGGAGGACGACAAAGAUGAGGACGAAAUGAUUGUCUAUGGGAAGCCGAUACAUGGGAAAAAUAAAACUGUGUUAUAUGUUAGCAUGCCGAAGUGUGGUAGUCGUACUUUCGUUUGGAUGAUAAGUUACCUCCGGGCAGCUCACCAUUUCGGAAAACCUGUUAACAUCGACUACAUGCUUGCAAGGCAUCAAAUUUCAGAAGUUAGGACACAUCUUUCUUCCAAGCUACUUGAAGCAGAAGAUGGUGCUAUUCUACAUGGUCAUUACCGCUAUAUCAACAUGAAAAGUUCAUCGAAAAAACCUAUCCUGAUGAGCAUGAUUCGGGAUCCCAUUGAUCGAUUUGAAUCUCAUUUUUACUUCAUAAGACAUGGUGAUUUGGACAUGAGCAAAGAAGAACUCGUGAAAAAUAUCAAGACUGAGUCCAACAUGGCACUUCCAAAUGAGACGCUUGAUGAGUGCAUUGCGAAGGGGAGAUUAGAAUGUACACUCAGCUUAUAUCGCAAUAUGUAUAUUACAUCAUUUUGUGGAUACGCUCCCGGUUGUAGUGAAUCCCCUUCCUUUGCUUUCGAGGAAGCAAAACGUAACGUCGACAAGUUUCUCGUGAUUGGAGUAAUGGAGGAAUAUGACCUCUCCAUGGCUGUCUUCGAAAAACUACUUCCGGGCACAUUUGGAGGAGCAGCGAAAAUAUAUGAGGAGAGCAAAAAUCAACCGAUGACGAAAUUCAAAACAAGCUAUAAGAAGCUGCCCUCUAAGGAAACGUAUUCAAUUUUAAAAGAGCGGAUGAAAUACGACUACAAAUUCUAUGAUUAUGUGAAGGAACGACUGCAUAGAGUUGCGAGGAGACUAGAAAUUGGGAAAUGUAAUAGCAUAUGGUAGUUCAGACAGUUCAGACGUCGCAGCGGAGAGGAGUCUGAUUUGAAACUCAUUAUCAUGAUUAUUUUAAUCAUAGCCCAUUCUAUUUUUAAUUUUCCACGGACUCUAACGCCACUUCUUUUUUAACUACUUCCAUCGACCUCUAGGAUAAACAUAGUCAUUACAUCGAUGACCCUAAAAAAAAAUUAUUCAUCUAUGGGGUGCCGUUUGGAGAAAUGUUAUUUAAGUUAUAUUAUAUUAUUGUUAUUUAAAACCAUUAUAUAAUUAUUUGUAGAU